AUGUCUGUGGUGCAUGAGCUGUCACCAGGAUGGCUGCUGGAUCACCUCGCUUUCAUUAACAAGAUGAGCUACGAACCUCACCAGCACCAUGGGCCUUGCUGUCGUAAAAGCCAGCCUACUUGUGUUCACCUUGAUUCUCUUCACGUGGGUUCUGUGUCCUCUUUUGGAGCCUCUGCUACAUUUGUUGCUUCCACCAAUAAGCCAGAGAAUGAUGAUAGAGGAAAUUGUGAAAUGUUCAUACACAAAUACGUAUUUCGAUCUGAACUGUUUGAUGUCAGCAAACCUUAUAUAACUUCAGCUAGUCACAAAGAGUGCCAAGAAAGUAAUGAAAAGGAAGAUCUAGUAGAUGAUGUUAAGAAAGAAAUCUCCAUUUCUGUUAAUGGCAAGAAGAGAAAGAGAUGUGUUGCUUUCAAUCAAGGUGAACUGGAUGCUAUGGAGUACCACAGAAAGAUAAGGGGGCUGAUUUUGGAUGGAUCCUCACAGUUAAUCCAAGAAGGUCUCUCAAGUGGCUUUCUUCAUUCAUGUUCUGAAAAACGGAACAAGUGCAGUGAGCCAAUUACUUUACCACUUGAUACCUGUAAUUUGUCAGAAUUGUGUGAAAUGGCAAAGCAUUUGCCUUCUCUGAAUGAAGUGGAACUUCAGACGUUACAGUUGAUGGAAGAUGAUGCGUCUGUUACAGAGCAGGAUUUAUUUUCACGGAUUGUUGAAAAUACUUCUAGCUUUACAAAAAUGAUUACUUUAAUGGGACAGAAAUACCUGCUGCCACCAAAAAGCAGAUUUCUUUUGUCUGACAUUUCUUGUAUGCACCCACUUCUGAACUGUAAGAAAACAUAUGAUGUGAUUGUGAUAGAUCCACCAUGGCAGAACAAAUCAGUUAAAAGAAGUAACAGAUAUAGUUAUUUAUCACCACUGCAGAUAAAGCAGAUACCUGUCCCUAAGCUGGCUGCUCCAAGCUGUCUCAUUGUUACAUGGGUAACAAAUAGACAGAAGCACCUGCGUUUUGUCAAGGAAGAGCUUUACCCAUCUUGGUCUGUGGAGGUAGUUGCUGAAUGGCACUGGGUAAAAAUCACCAGUUCAGGAGAGUUUGUGUUCCCAUUAGAUUCUCCACACAAAAAGCCUUAUGAAGGUCUUAUACUGGGAAGAGUUCGAGAAAAAGCUGCUUCACUGUUAAGGAAUGCCGAUGAGGAAGAGCUGCCCAUUCCAGACCACAAGUUAAUUGUCAGUGUGCCCUGCGUGCUGCAUUCCCAUAAGCCACCUCUCGCUGAGGUUCUAAAAGACUAUAUCAAGCCAGAGGGAGAAUGUUUGGAAUUGUUUGCUCGAAAUUUACAGCCAGGUUGGACUAGUUGGGGCAAUGAAGUUCUCAAAUUUCAACACAUGGAUUAUUUUGUUGCUCUGAAGUCUAAAAGCUGA